AUGGGCAACACGCUGACCUGUUGCGUGUCCCCCAGUGCCAGCCCCAAGCCGGGCCGGCGCGCGGGGCCGGCGGCGCGGGACUGCGGGCCCGAGAGCUACGAGGCGGCGGCCGGGGACGCGGCGGCGGCGGCGGUGGCGGCGGCGCCGGCUGCGGUGGAGCCGGGCGAGGCGGACCUCGGGGCGGGCGAGGGCCACCACCUGCAGCACAUCAGCGACCGCGAGAUGCCCGAAGACUUAGCUUUGGAAUCAAACCCUUCUGACCGUCCAAGGGCAAGCACAAUUUUCCUGAGCAAAUCUCAAACAGAUGUGCGAGAAAAGAGGAAGAGCAGCCAUGUAAACCAUGUAUCUCCAGGUCAGCUUACUAAAAAGUAUAGCUCAUGCUCAACAAUAUUUCUAGAUGACAGCACAGUCAGCCAGCCUAAUCUUAGAACCACAAUAAAAUGUGUGACCUUAGCAAUAUAUUACCACAUAAAGAACAGAGAUGCAAAUCGAUCCUUGGAUAUUUUUGAUUAGGGAUCACAUCCACUCACACGAGAAAAGAUUCCAGAGGAGUACUUCGAGCAUGAUCCUGAACACAAGUUUAUUUACAGAUUUGUUCCUACUCUUUUUAGUGCCGCACAGCUAACAGCUGAAUGUGCAAUAGUAACUUUGGUUUACUUAGAAAGGCUUUUAACUUAUGCUGAGAUCGACAUUUGUCCCACUAACUGGAAAAGAAUUGUUUUGGGAGCCAUUCUUCUUGCCUCCAAGGUUUGGGACGAUCAGGCUGUAUGGAAUGUGGACUACUGCCAGAUCCUCAAGGACAUUACAGUUGAGGACAUGAAUAAGAUGGAAAGGCAUUUUUUGGAGCUACUUCAGUUUAAUAUUAACGUCCCUACCAGUGUUUAUGCCAAAUACUACUUUGACCUUCGCUCCUUAGCAGAUGAAAACAACCUGAAUUUUCUGUUUGCUCCUCUGAGCACAGAAAGAGCACGGAUCCUGGAGGCCAUUUCCAGAUUGUGUGAAGACAAAUACAAAGACUUGUGUAGAGCUGCUAUGAGAAGGUCUUGCAGCGCUGAUAAUUUUGUUGGUAUUCAGCGCUCUAAUGCCAUCCUCUCUUAAGGGAGGAACUAGAGUUUGUAACAUCAUGAACCCCUCAUCUACAAGGACUGGAGAAAUAUCAUCUCUCCUGCUCAAAAACCAGCAAAGUUAGUAUCUUCACCUAAAAUAAAGACAUCAAAUUCAAGAGACUUGUGGACAGCAAGGAUUAUGCUCAUAGGAAAGAAUGGGACCGUGUCAGUGCAACACACUCUUCUGUCCUUUUUAAUGUAAACAGUUACAAAAACCACUCCAAAGCAAAAGCUACCAGCCCACACACAGACAUGUGCUUACUGUGUAGGCUGAUCGCUGUGAACUAGAUUUGGGAAAGGAAGAUUAUGAAGAGCA